UGCGGCGGUGACUUGGGGAUGCGGAAGUGCCGGCUGCGGCGGGGUCGCUCGGUUGCCCGGCGGUUGCCACCAUGGCAGCGGCUGGGGGGCCCGGGAACGGAGGCGGAGGAGGGAGCCCGGCGUUGGCCUCCGGAGGCAAUCGGCAACUGAAGUACAUCAGUUUAGCUGUCUUAGUGGUGCAGAAUGCCUCUCUCAUCCUCAGCAUUCGCUAUGUACGCACGCUGCCUGGGGACCGAUUCUUUGCCACAUCAGCAGUGGUCAUGGCUGAAGUCCUUAAAGGAGUCACCUGCCUGCUCCUCAUCUUCAUUCAGAAACAAGGUAACUUAAAACAGUUUGCCAUCUCCUUGUAUGACUCCAUUGUGGUGCAGUACAUGGACACACUCAAACUAGCAGUGCCUUCUCUCAUUUACACCCUCCAAAACAACCUCCAGUAUGUGGCUAUUUCCAACCUGCCUGCAGCCACCUUCCAGGUCACCUACCAACUGAAGAUCCUCACCACAGCUGUCUUCUCGGUGCUGAUGCUCCGCAAGAGUCUGUCCCGUCUCCAGUGGCUGUCCCUUGUGCUGCUUUUUGCUGGUGUAGCCAUUGUCCAGGUGGAGCAACAGCAGGCAGGGGGCAAAGGAACCCCCGGGGGCCAGGGAGCACAACAGCAGCAGACCUACAUUGUGGGGCUGAUGGCCGUGGUGGUGUCGUGCCUCUCAUCUGGCUUUGCUGGGGUCUAUUUUGAAAAGAUCCUCAAAGGCAGUGCAGCCUCUGUCUGGCUACGUAACGUUCAACUGGGCAUCUUCGGGACCUUGCUGGGGCUGUUGGGCAUGUGGUCCACGGAUGGAACAGCCGUGGCUGAGCAUGGAUUCUUCUUUGGCUACACCCCGCUGGUGUGGGGAGUGAUCCUGAACCAGGCCUUUGGAGGUCUUUUGGUGGCAUUAGUUGUGAAAUAUGCGGACAACAUCCUGAAGGGCUUUGCCACCUCCUUCUCCAUCGUGGUGUCCACCGUGGCUUCCAUCUACCUCUUUGACUUCCAUCUCAACUUACCCUUUGCUCUAGGAGCAGGGCUGGUCAUAGGGGCUGUCUAUCUAUACAGCUUGCCCAAGGGACCUUUGACCAGCCGGUCCUUAAUGGGGACAGCUACACAGCAGCAGGGCCAUGCAGCACAAAGCAAAGAACUUCCUUCCGUGACGACAGAUGGCUUCCUGACCAAGAUUUCGUCUAAAGAAAAAGGAUCUUAAAGCAUCAGGAGAAACUACUUGCAAGACCUGAGAGUGAAGAACUCCGGAUUAAAGAUCUGUCCUCUGUGCUUCCUAGGAGCCUCUUCAUGUUUACAACAACAGUGAUAUCUCCCUUGUAAUGGCAGCUCUUUGGCUGUGCCUCAACAGUGGUCUGGCAUAUUCAGGAUGAAACCAUGUGCUUUCCAUUCAGACUACCUUUGUUUUAAGUCCUGGCUCGCACAAACACAAUUCAUGCUAAGCAGCAAAUGACACCAAGCAAUGGCUUUCCGUUUGUGAUUUUAGACCAUCACUCAAGGACUAUCAAAUUUGGUGUUGUUUUUUUUAAAUGGGGGCAGCCAGUCUGAACACCCUGAACUCUGACUUGCACCUUGUGUUUACUUGCACCCUAGUUUACAUUUGCAGAAAUCCUCCUGCACUCCAACAUAAAACACUGUUACAGGCCACAGCAUUCUAUACAAUGCAAGAGGCUGUUUCCAAUCCUCCAUUUUGCUGAGCAUGGUAAAGACUACUUGUAGAGAACUCAAAAUCUUGUGAAAUUUUGGGCAGGCCUGAUCAUGGUUUUUACUGGGUUGGUUUAAAAAAAAAUGGAACAAUUUGGGGAGGAGGGUGUCACAACUCUAAUGACAGAAACAAGACUUUCAAAUCACCUCAGACAAAUGAUUUUCAGCAGAGUCAUUUCCACAAUGCCAGCCACAAGCAAGAUGGCAAAGAAAUACACCAGUUUGUGACACAAGUGUCCACUGAAUAGCACUGUGUUUGUGAGGACUUGAAUGUUUUGUCAUCCACAACCUGGGGAUCUUGUGGCUAGUCAGAGGUUGUUGAACUACAGCAAUCUCAGCCAGUAUCAAAAAUGGUGAGGAAUGCUGCGAGUUGCAUAUUGGGAGGCCAAAACUCUUACUCAUGCGCUCUGCUAUAUGCUUUUUGCACCUAUGAAUGGGGAUUAAUUUCCCAUUGGAGGUAACUCGGUUGAAGCUCUAAGGUAAAAACCAAUGUCUAAUACGUGCCAAACCCUUUGUGCUUUGCUCUGCUGAGAUCAAAAGGAGUAAGCAAACCCUGACUCAAAGAUGAAAAAUGUGUGGCCCUCCAAGAUGUUACCAGCCUGCAGCUCCUUCAUUCCCUCACCAUUAGCCAUGGCUGAUGAGAACUGUAGCCCAAUAAUGGUUGGGCAUUUCUACAUCCCUACCUUAGUAGCACUACUUGGGUUUUGACAGCUUUCAUUUAAAAGCAUGGGUUCUAUCUAUGCAUUGUUUAGGCUCAAAAGGUUUAAGGCCUUGUGUGCUAGAGAGGAGAUGGAAGGGUAGCAGGACUUUUGAGCAGCUAUAUGUAGCCGCAGGACACUAAAAGUCCUGCUUCGCUUACCUCACCAUCCUUAGCUCAUUGUGUAGGCCUAUUUGCCUCCUUACCUCUCAUGUAGAGGGAGGAACCAUAUUAUGCACUAAAUAGGACUUGCAGUCCUAGCUUGCCCCCUUCCCCUGCCAUCACUGCAGAACUAUAGCAUCAUGUUCAGUAUUAAUUUUCUUUGAGGAAGCUACUUAAUGUAUUCCAUGCUUGGAAGCAAGCCUAUUCUAUUUUCAAUGCUCAUGAUACUGCUUGUUCCACAUUUUAUUUUGAGAGAGACUAAUACAGCUUUGUAAGCAAACUGUCUGUGAUG